GUCUGUGCGUGUGUGUGUGUAAGUUCUAGUGGGUGUGUAUGCGUAUUUGCGGCGUAGCAUAAUAAGAAAAGCAAAUAGCAAGGAGCGCAUGGAAAAUAAAAAUAAAUAGCGAACGACAAAACGCAGUCAACCACCCAAGUCAGGCUAAACCAACACCAGUAGCAGCAGAAGCAACAACAACAAGAACAUCAAGAACAACAAGGAUAGCAGCAUACACACACAGAGUGCGUGUGUGUGAGUGUGUAUGAGUGUGACGCGCUCCCUCGUUGGCGGUCAAGUGAAAUUUAUUACAUUGCACAAAUGAGACAACAACAAAACGAAACAAACUGAAAGCAGAGCAAACAGAAAAUAGAAAUAAACAAAAGCAACAACAACAGCAACAGCAACAACGAACGGAAGAAAAUGAAGAAACAGCAGCAGUGGCAGUGGCAGUGGCAGUAGAAGCGGUAACGCGACCAAAGAGAAGCCAAGAAAAAUAACCAAAAAUUCCGCAACAAAUUGAAAAAUUAAAGUUUUAGCAACACGCGCAAACGGAAACUUGCAAAGGCAAAGAAAAAAUAAAAGGAAACCGUUACAAACAACAUCAGGCCGGCAACAGAAACAGCAACAGACGUGGCCAGAGAGUGAGAGCCUUAGUUUUUUAGAGCGAGUCAGCACCAUUAAUGCAACAACAUGGCUGUAGCUGCAAAUGGAAAACAUAAGAGCGGGAGCCAGAGUAGGAGCAGCAGCUGCAUUAUCCAGCCCUUCCUCUCCCUCCCCAUUCUGCUGAUGCUGAUGCUCUGCAGCGUGCCAACACAAGGUCUCACAAUGACCGAGAUACGCAUACCUAAGCACAUUAUGCGACACGAGGAUGCUGUAUUAGGCUGUAAAUUCGAUUUGGACGGCGAAUCUCUGUAUUCAGUGAAAUGGUACAAGGAUGGCUUCGAAUUCUAUCGCUAUGUGCCGCGCGAUAUGCCACCGGGGCAGGUAUUUCCGCUGCCCGGCGUCGACGUCGAGCUACAAAACUCCACAGACAUUGUUGUUGUGCUGCGCUCGGUGAGUCUGCAGUCGACGGGUCGUUAUCGCUGCGAAGUGUCCGGCGAAGCGCCUUCAUUUCAGACAGUUUCCGGUCACGAGGACAUGAUUGUUGUGGUGACACCGAAGCAUGGGCCGCAAAUAACUGGCGGACAGCCGCGCUAUCAAAUCGGCGAUAUGGUGCGAGUCAACUGCACUUCGGCCGCAUCGAAACCGGUCUGCCAUCUCAGUUGGCUUAUUAACGGGGUGCAUGCCAAUCGGUCGCUAUUGCGCCCCUAUGAGCCACUGAUUGUGGGCCGCGAGGGUUUGGAGGUGGCACGCCUUGGACUGGAGUUUCGUGUGCGCGGAUGACAUUUCAAGCAUGGCGACAUGAAGUUGAAGUGUGUCGCCAAAAUCUCCUCAGUUUAUUGGCAAAGUAACGAGGAGAGCGUCGAGAGCGAUAAACAUCAGCGCAUUCCCGUCCUGGAGUCCCGUGAGACAGUGGCAUCGAAAUCACGCCUGCUGGACAAAUCACUGGAGGACAAACAACUCAAGAAAAGUCGACGUCCCGCUGCGGCCACCUCAGCAGCUGCUGCCGCCGCCGCUGCCGCUGCUGCAGCUUCAGGCGCCUCGAGCAUAGAUCGGCCAUCAAUAUCCCUCAGCUGGACGCAUUUGUCAUCCAUAUUAGCGUCAAAAUCAAUUGCACGCAUCUCCCUCUACGCGCUGCCGGUGUUAAUAGCGUUUCUAUGUAGCGCCGGUUGCGUUUCAUGGGACGGCGAGGUUCGAAGCAGCGGUCGAUUCGAUUCAGACACGCCCACAAACCCGCACAGCUGCUGUCAACAACGUCACUGCUUGUCGUCCAAAUUAAGCUACGCGGUGCUGAGCAGAUAACAAUUAACGAAGAUGUAUUGAUGGGCACACCCAAUCAAUGACAGUGGAUGAGCCACAGAUAGAGCCACAGGUAGAGCCACAGGACAGAGAGUGGGCGGACAGAUGCAGAGAGGUGGAGAAUAUUAUUGAAUCAGAAAAUGUUGGUUAUUAUUGCAUUUGUGUAAAUAUUAAAUUUUUAGCUUCUUUUUGUGCAUUUUGGUAAGUUUUUCGUUUGAUACAAAAUCAUAUUACGUAUACGACCCAUGAACGAGUGGGUAAUUAAACAUAACUUUAGUGUCACUCAUCUGUCUGUAUAUAUAUAUAUAAGUCGUAUUUGUAACUGCAUUUGAAGCCGAGUCAGCUAGCCACUGUGCAACAAAUACUCUAUUUUGGUCCCUAGAUCAUGUUUGUUAUGAAUGUUUUUUUUAACUUUUUUGUUAUGUAAAUGUGUAAAGCUUUGAGAGUAAAUACAUACAUGUGCAAUUAUGAAUAUAGACACACUUACUACCUUCAACUUUCCUCAAAUAUUGCCAACGCUGUCUUUUCACUGUUUGGGAUGCAAUUAUUAACUAAUACACGACAAAUCAGCAACAGAAAAUAAAGACGGUGUGGAGAAACUUCAUUUUAAUUGACAAGCAAAUUGUCAUUUCUUUUUUGUAGAAAAUAUAUGCAGAGCAGAUAGGGGAAACCAGCUAGAAACAAAAUGUGUAAGUUAUUGCGUAGAACCAGAGUAGUACCUAUUACAUAAUUCUCCGUUGCAUAGUAUUAUUGGCAGCAAUGUUUGUAGUUCCUUUGGGCAAACGAUCAAGUAAAUGAAAAGUUGCAAGAGAAUUAGGCUAAGCCGUUGCUCAAAGUUGUGGCUAAAUAACGGCAAAAAAACGUAUAACUUAAUCUUUAAAUGAUAAAAAAAUGGUAUGAUAAACUUAAAAUAAGUAAGUUAAGAUGGGUGAAGUAAAGCCAAAACUGUACCAGCCAAGUUAUGUAAAAUACAUGCAUGCGUAAGCCCAACAGUGGUACACAAGCUUACAUUUUAAAACUCAAUAGAAAUUAGCAAAGUACUAAUUAAGAAUGUAAGCAUAUUUGAGAGCAUAUCCAAACUAGUUAAGUAUU